CGUUAAUACAAUACCUAAACUUACUUUGGAACCACACGAUGAAAAUAUUGUCGCUUGCGAGGUGUUUCUUGCUCUUUGGCCUUGGCGGAGCUACAAGCUCUACGUUUGAUCAAAGAUGCUUGACUAGCCACCGGCCGCUGAAGAACGAAAUAUGCUGGUUGGCGUCUUGGCAGUUCAAUCCAACCACCCGGACUUGUGAGCCAACUUGCAAUCUUCAAGGCGCAUUUACAACAAAAGGCGAAUGCAAUGGAUUUUGCCGUAGCACCAGCGUAUGCAUAUCUCCACGCCCGAAACCACACUGCGCCCUUGGUCAAGACCAUCCUGUUUACUACUACGACCCAAUUAUAGGAAGCUGCCUUAAGGGCCGCGAAUGUACUUAUGCUGGUAAUAACUUUCCCACAUUGAACGAAUGCCAGGCCACAUGCUUGAGACAUCGUCCGUCGAUAUUGGAUCCGUGUCACGUUGCCCCAAGUGAAGGCCACUACUGUCCAAGUGGCCGUAGGUCGUACCGAUUCUACUUCAGUCCCGACACUCGCCGGUGCCACGUCUUCUGGUAUGAUGGCUGCGGAGGAACUCGGAAUAACUUUCGCACGUAUUAUGAUUGUCGUCGCCGUUGUGCACGGAUAGACCCUCAGUUUAAUGAGAAGGCUGCCAAUUGAGCUAUCUUGACUGAGUACCGACUUGAUUCAAGCACUGAAGACAGAUGGAUGGACACACUGUGUCAAUUCAAUGUAUUUCACUGAUAAACAAUGCUGAUAAAGACAAUACAAAGUAAACAAACCUUGUGGGGACUCAAGUGUGUACGUCAACGCUUGCUUCAUAAUCACGAUGAAGCAUAGUAACGAAUCGUGUGUCAGGCUAUUUACGGCAGACCGAGUAGCGGUAAAUAAACUUUUAUUUCUGGCCAA